GUGGGUCUAGAAAUCCACCAAUCAGAGUGGACCACGAAUUUAUGAUUACGAAUUUGUUUUGUGGAUGUCAAAAAAAUAAGGAAUAAGCAUUUGCCGGCGUGUAAUAUAUGAAUUAAAUGUUUCUUAGAGAAAACAUUGAAUAAAACUGCUCAAUAGAUAUAGGAAGAAUACAUCACAAUGCUACGCUUUAUUUUUCUAGUUCUUUUCAUAGAAGGGUGCGUGGGGUUAUACCAGAGCAACGGAAAUGUGGUAGAAUUAACGCCUAGCAACUUUGACAAACUGGUGCUGAAAAGUGAUGAGGUGUGGGUGGUAGAGUUCUUUGCACCGUGGUGUGGCCACUGCCAGAAUCUUGUUCCAGAAUACACUGCUGCUGCAAAUGCUCUUAGGGGUGUAGUGAAAGUAGGUGCAGUAAAUGUAGACACAUACAAAGACCUGGGUUCACGUUAUGAUGUGCGUGGAUUUCCAACAAUCAAGAUAUUUGGUGCUAACAAAAGCAAGCCUGAGGAUUACAAUGGAGGGAGAACUGCCAGAGACAUAGCAGAAGCUGGCUUGAAAGCAGCCAGACUUAAGGUCAAGAAUAUGUUGGAUGGUGGGCGUUCUUCAGGAGGGUCUUCUGAUGUAAGUAAACAGGUUGAUGACAAAUAUGUGGUUGAACUGACUGACAGCAACUUCAACAGAUUAGUCAUAGAUUCUGAUGACAUGUGGCUAGUAGAAUUCUAUGCUCCAUGGUGUGGACAUUGCAAGAACCUUGCACCUCAUUGGGCUAAGGCCGCUACAGAACUUAAGGGCAAAGUCAAACUUGGCGCGUUGGACGCUACUGUACAUCAAGUUAUGUCCCAGAAGUAUGGAAUCCAGGGAUUCCCGACAAUAAAACUCUUCGCGCGAAACGCUAAAGACACACCGGAGAACUAUGACGGAGGUCGUACUGCUAGUGACAUUGUAAACUGGGCUUUGGACAAAUUGGCCGAAAAUGUCCCACCUCCAGAGGUCGUCGAAGUGGUGGAUGAAAAGUCGUUCUUGAACGCAUGCGAGAAUAAGCCUCUGUGCGUUAUAUCGGUGCUUCCACACCUCUUAGACUGCCAGUCGAAAUGUAGAAAUGAUUACCUCGAGUUGCUUAAGACUAUGGGAGAAAAGUUCAAGAAGAAGAUGUGGGGGUGGGUUUGGCUAGAGGCUGGCUGUCAGUCAGAUCUGGAAAGCGCCUUGGAUAUUGGCGGGUUCGGUUAUCCAGCAAUGGCUGUGGUAAAUCCAAAGAAGAUGAAGUACUCCAUUCUUAGGGGUGCUUUCUCUAAAGACGGAAUAUACGAGUUUCUCAGAGACUUGUCUUUCGGCAAGGGCAAUACAGCACCUGUGAAGCAAGGCAAAUGGCCAUCAUUCAACACCUGUACUCCUUGGGAUGGCAUGGAUGCUGAAGAACCAGUCAUCGAUGACAUUGAUCUGUCUGAUGUUGAUUUGGACGAAAAAGAUGAACUGUAGGCCAUUAUUUAUGCCAAAUGUACCAGUGCAGCAAACCCAGUUGGGUUUAGCUGUGUGGUGCAACCCAGAUAGUCUGAUCAGUUUUGUAUGUUUGAUUUCGAGAGUUUCUUUUGUAACUUAUAUAUACUGUGUUUGAUAUGUGUAUGUAAGUUUAUUGGUUAAAUUUAAUCAUUCGGUGCAUUUGACUGCUUCGUUCUGUAAUUUUGGAUUUAUUUGUUUCGAAACAUGGGAUGUAUGUCUAGGUUAAUGUUCGACUUGAUAUUUUCAAUAAAUGCGUUUUUAUAAAUUA